AUGACUGUUGUGGCGGAAUCGCCUGCCAGUGUUUGCUCAUGCGGUAGCCGCUUGCACUAUUGUGGUGCGCCUGUGACUGCCAAAGUGCUAUUUCCCGGUGGCUGGGAUUCACUCCAGCAUCGCCGGAAGCGUUGUCAGAACUCGUCCUGCGCGAGGUACCUGAAAAGCGUAUGGUACAACUUUUUUGUUCGAGACCGUCAGUCUCACAUCUUUGAAUGGCGUUCUGGUCAGCCGGGUGAGAACAUGGCUUUCUUUUUCUUGACCACACGUUGGUGCGUUUCAGUUGAAUGGCUCCGGCAAAUGAGCCGCAGGAUUGCGUUUCAAUUCAGCAGCUUCACUGGUGAAGCUGCUGUGCACAGAGCUGAAGCGGUGCAUGCAGGCAAGCAGCAUCUUGUGCCUGACAAAGCUCGCUUGAAGCUGUUUUCGUCUUGGCUGAAUUGGCGGCUUGUCAUUCGUGUGCAACAAGCUGCCCAGAGCGGAUUGCCUGUCAGCCCCAUCAACUUGCUAGCGCCAUUUCCAAAAUCUUUGGCUGAAGCUUCGUUUUACGAUGACUUCAUGCUGGACAGAAGAAUCGGGAAGAGAAAGCAUUGUGCCCUGCAUUCUGCUAGUUUGAACCCUGAUGAGCGUGGUCCACCACAGGAGGAGGCAAUUGUCAGCCACCGCAGGUUGCGGAGACUACUCAGCGAUCCGCAGCCCGAGCCGUAUGAAGUUCUAUUGAAACCAAUAGAUGCAGUCAUUGCUGGCUGCGCAAGGCAUUUGAGAGGCAGAUGGGUGUCAGCUGGCAGUUGCACCCCUGGCCAACUACAUGAUUACUGGUCAGCUCCAUCAGGCGAGGCAGGACCUGAUGUAUCUUUCGUCUCGGGGCAAGCUACUGAUGCAGACCUGCGUGCUGUAUCCUGCAAGACCCACAAAGAAAGCUCCAAAGAUUAUCAAAAGCUGAUUCGUAAAGGCAGAAUGGGCGGCUACUUGUUCGCUGUCACUGGAACAGGACAUGUCCUUCACUGUUCUGAAUUUGUUGGCAAAGAGAGCAUACCUCUGCGUUGGUUCUUCAUGGCGCAGUUGAAGGAGAAGGUUCCGGAAUGGUCGUGCUUGAUACACGACGAUUCGUGCCAUAUGAAGCGAUUCGCGUGCAAGCACAGGGGGCGCUCUCAGCUUGCCCAAGACCUUUCAGAGAUGACUUUUGUUCUUGAUCGUUUUCAUGCUGCAUCCCAUACAGACAUUUGGUGCCACCGGCAUUGUCACCCGUGUCAGCACAAAGAACUCCUGAAGGACUUCGACACAUCAAGUGCUGAACGGGUGAACAGUGUAGGGUCAUUAUUUAGUGCUGAGACAGAGGCGGCCUUCGAGCACAUUGAUCGCCACUUCAAUUCAGAGGGGUUGUACGGUGAGAAAGGCAGCCUGGUGGUGCAGAAGCUGGCGGCACGGGCUUCGCACCAUGCAAUGCCGUAUGGCCUUUGCUUGCAAGCAGCCUUGGUAGGGAGGCCAUCACCGUUGUCCUUACUGGUGCUGAACAUCAACAAAUCGCAGACCAGGAAAUCCCAGCUGAAUGGCUGCGUGGAAGCUGCCGUGGCAGAGAUUGAUGCUGAGUGCCAAAGACGGGGAGCAGCCAAAGCAGCGCCAGGAUGUACUGUGAGCCUGAAAUCUGUGCAGCUCACUUCCUUUACUGAGGCAGCGCUGUUCGAGCGCGCGGCCCCAGAUUGGGAACAGUGCAAGGACCCCAAGCCCGAAGGUUUGAAAGGUCGUUUGCACUACUCUACCAUCCUGAACGUGGAUGAGGCUUAUCGCUUUUUGAAGAUGUUGGGCUUGGCGCCCAGUACUAGCCAGAAAUCCGAUGUGGUGAGUGAUGGCGCAAGUGAGUUGAAUCGGCUGUUGCAAACAGGCCGCUCCAGCCUCCAGCUCAAGACUGGCGUGUCCUAUGGCUCAGGCUCUGGCCUUGUCAAUGUCACCGGGGUGGGCAAUGCCCACUUCUCAGGUUUUUUGCCGGUGGUGCGUGGUGAAGCCGGAUCUCACCACCCGGCUACAUUGGAGCGAAUGGUGGUUUGCACAGGCCGACCCUGCGAACCCCACAGCCCUCUCCCAGCUUGCUUGGUGUCGCAGUUGGGGCCAGGGUUUGCGCCGUGGCUCUGGGUGCCUUUGCUACCGCAAAUGAUCCCUCUCUUGGGGCUGAAGAGUGAAGCUUUGCAAUAUGAAUAUGCAGAGCAAACCUUCCAGAAAGCUGCGGCUGAUGAGUGUGAUGGCACGGGCCCUUCCGCUUCCACCCAAGGCAACAUUGAUGAGUUCCUUCCAAGCAAGCACGGGUACAUUAUCCAGCUGGCGGAUGGCACAGAGACGCGACUCCGCUUCAAGAUCUGCUUGGACCUGUGUUGCUGCAAUAGAAAUGUCGCAUGCAACCCGCAUGGUGGUUUGUGUUUUUGUUUACGUUUGAACUGA